AUGGGUGCGUACAGAGCCGACGACGACUACGAUUAUCUAUUCAAGGUCGUUCUCAUCGGUGACUCCGGCGUCGGUAAAUCCAAUCUCUUGUCACGAUUCACAAAAAACGAAUUCAGUUUGGAAUCCAAAUCCACCAUUGGCGUUGAAUUCGCUACACGUAGUAUCCAUGUUGAUGAUAAGAUUGUAAAAGCACAAAUUUGGGAUACCGCAGGACAAGAAAGAUAUCGUGCGAUCACAAGCGCAUAUUAUCGAGGUGCUGUUGGUGCAUUGCUUGUGUAUGAUGUUACAAGACAUGUAACUUUUGAAAAUGUGCAAAGAUGGUUAAAGGAACUUCGUGACCACACAGAUGCCAACAUUGUAAUUAUGCUUGUGGGGAACAAGGCUGAUCUUCGUCACCUGCGUGCUGUGUCCGUCGAGGAUGCUAAAGCAUUUGCUGAAAGAGAAAACACGUUUUUUAUGGAGACGUCUGCCCUUGAGUCAUUGAAUGUCGAUAACUCCUUCACAGAAGUGCUUACUCAAAUAUAUCGAGUCGUUAGUAGAAAGACUCUUGAGAUUGGGGACGACCCUGCCGCCUUGCCAAAAGGGCAAACAAUCAAUGUUGGCAGUAGAGAUGAUGUCUCAGCUGUUAAAAAAGUUGGAUGCUGUUCCGCGUAG